AUGAAAUACGUUUUGGUGACUGGAGGGGUAAUAAGCGGCGUGGGCAAGGGGAUCAUCGCACCCAGUACUGGCCUGCUGCUCAAGGCGAUGGGGUUGACGGUAGCCAUGAUCAAGAUCGAUCCAUACAUGAAUGUCGACGCAGGCACCAUGGCGCCCACGGAGCACGGCGAGGUCUUUGUGCUCAGCGACGGCGGCGAAGCCGAUCUCGACCUAGGCAACUACGAACGAUACCCCAACAUCAACCUGUCCAGAGACCACAAACAUCACCACCGGCAAGAUCUACCAGCACUCCGGGUUGCCAAGGUUCCCGUGGACGAGACAGGCUCUGAGCCCCAGGUGUGCGUGAUUGAACUCGGCGGCACGGUGGGGGACAUUGAGAACAUGCCGUUCGUCAACGCUCUGGGACAGCUGCGGAUGCAGGCGGGGGCCGGCAACUUCCUUCACACGCACGUGUCGUUUAUCUCGCUGGCGGUCAACGACGAGCAAAAAGACGAAGCCUACUCAAACACACCAUCCAGACGGUUCGGCGCGAGGGACUGCACCCCGACCUGGUAUGUUUUGUUCUGGGGCCGAUUGCCCUCCGUUGCAAACACCAAGUUCGAAAAGUCCAUCGUCGAAAAGGUGGCAAGGUCCUGCCAAGUGAGCCCUCUUCACGUCAUCGCGGUGCACGACGUCAAGUCGAAACCUACAUGGUUCCUGCAUUGCUGGAGAGACAAGGUCUCGUGCGGGCCAUGGCGGAUGUACUUGGACUCGGAGCCGCCAUCAACGGGGUCCAAGAUGUGGGAGACGUGGAAGACCACCACGACCCCCGUUGAUCACGAGCAGGUGGUGUCCAUUGCUCUGCUCAGGAUCAAAAUGGUCGACUCUUCGAAUCUCGAGCCGUCCAACGCAUCGUCAGCCGUUUACACGGGAGGCAUGGCAAGAUGUCAAGACCGCCGGGGGGUUAUACUGGUGCCUGGUGGCUUCGGCCAACGGGGCACUGAGGGCAUGAUGCUCGCAAUCAAGUGGGCUAGGGAGAAUCAAGGUUCCCUUCCUGGGCAUCUGCCCUGGGCAUGCAACUCGCCGCCCAUCGAAAUUUGCCCGGCACAGAUCGACCACACCAAGAUGGGCGGCACGAUGCGGCUGAGUCUGCGCGCUACUCACUUCCGUCCCGAGAGCGGCGAGCGUAUGGGGAUCUUGGAGCUAAAGGACCACCCGUGGUUUGUGGCCGUGCAGUUUCAUCCCGAGUAUGUAAGCAAGGUCUUGCAUCCCAGUCGCCCGAUUCUCGGCUUCUUCGCUGCGAGCGGUGGAUUUCUGGGUCGCAUUGCAGGACGGGAUAGUUGA